AUGAAAAUAAUGACAUCCACGGAAGUAAACGGAGCCGGAGGUGGUGGAGGAGGUGGCGGAGCGGCACCGGCUAGUCGUGGAGGGAACGUGUCGGUCACAACGAUUAAUCGCGACGAUGGAGGAGCCGAUGCGGCCAUGGUUGCCAAACUAGCGACGUCCAGCGGGAGUGUGUCGGGAGUGAACAAUAACAACAACACUCUUAGUAACAACAACAACAACAAUGUGAGCAGUAGCAGCAACAACAAUAACAACGUAACUCCUGGCGCAAGUCCGGCGGGUACGACGGCACCGCCGUUCUUCGGAAACGUUGGUGGAGGGAUCCGGAUAACCGUGCCGAAGAUGGAGGAAUCGGACGAAUCCGACACGGAGCUGUCGAACAUCGAAAAGACAGUGUCCGCCGUUGCACUGACCAAUGGGGUGAAUAUGCGGGAGGAACGAAGCGCCAGCAAGGGGGCACCCCGGCCCAUGUCCUGGGAGGGUGAGCUGUCGGAACCGGAGGAACCGAUGCUGGUGGACAACGAGAACAGCAGCUCGGGCUCGAGUGUGGGUAAGCUGGCACAGAACGCACCGUCGUCUUCCCCCGUGGCCAUGAUUGUGCCGAAGCAAGAAGAGGAUCACGAACUGCCCACUAGUGGACCGGGCAUUACGGAACCGCUGGCACUGACCGCAUCCAGUAGUAGCAACAGCGGUUACGCCAGCGUUUCCCUGCACGGCCAUAGCAGUAGUACCCACGCAGGGUUGAGACAUUCGAGCAGCUCAAGCAACUCACCACUUCCGAACCGUAUGCUGAUCAAACCGGAAGCAGGGCUUCCACUGAUCAACCCGGGCCUGGCGUACAACGUCGCUGGUCUGGGCCAGCAUCCAUCGUCCAACAUUCCAACAGCAGCCGGAGGAGCGUCAGCCUUCAAGAAGGGUCUUCCGGAUGUGAUAAACUUGAAGUACGAGCUUCCCCCCGGUGGGGUGGGCGAUCCGGGUGGUGGUAGUGCGCUGCCCCCGAACGCUAUCCACUCUCCGCUGCUCGUCCGCUCCAAGACGACACUACUGCCGGCCAAUCCGAGCCCCGACUCGGCGAUCCACUCGGUGUACACGCACAGCUCGCCCAGCCAGUCUCCGCUCACGUCACGCCACGCUCCGUACACUCCUUCGCUCAGCCGGAACAACAGCGAUGCGUCGCACAGUAGCUGCUACUCGUACAGUUCAGAGUUCAGUCCGACGCAUUCGCCCAUCCAGGGACGGCACAGCAUAUUCGCCGGCGGUGGAAACGGCGGAGGCGUCGCGUCCUUCAAUGGGUCUCCCCUGCAUCAUUCAGUAUUAUUCAAACCGAUGCUGGACAGCGAACAACAACAGCAGCAAGCUCUCAAGCAGGAGGAAUUACUCUACGAUGGGGAGCAUCUUCCAUCACCCGGCAUUUCCCGACAACAAUUGAUCAAUAGUCCCUGUCCGAUUUGUGGCGAUAAAAUCUCCGGUUUCCAUUACGGCAUCUUUUCGUGCGAGUCGUGCAAAGGUUUCUUCAAGCGCACGGUCCAGAACCGUAAGAACUACGUGUGCCUUAGGGGGGCGGCCUGUCCGGUGGCGAUAGCGACGCGCAAGAAGUGUCCUGCCUGCCGGUUCGAGAAGUGCCUUCAGAAGGGGAUGAAGUUGGAAGCUAUUCGUGAGGAUCGUACACGUGGUGGUCGCUCGACGUACCAGUGCUCGUACACUCUUCCUGGGCCGUUGGUGAAUACGGCCGGCAUGCAGGGUGGCGAGUCGCCCGGGGUCGGUGCAUUCCAGUACGGAGGAUCGGUCCGAUCGCCGUACGCUGCCGGUGGCGGUGGAGGAGUUGUUUCGAGCCAGCAGAUGAAGGUGGAAACGAACGACGGCGCAGGUGGUAUGAUGAUGCCCGGCGGGGGUAGCAACGGUGGACUGAACGGGAUGAGCAAUGGACCAAGCGCCGAUGGAAACGGUGGAUCCAGUGGAGGUGGAAAUCAUAUGCAACCAGGCAUUCCAGUUCUGUUACAGGAAAUUAUGGACGUUGAACCAUUGUGGCAGUACAACGCAGCGGAGCUGGCUCGGCUGAAUCAACCUCCGCCGGCGGGUAACUGUACGAACAUUGCGAACAAUCCGCUGCUCUGCAGUGCCGGCAUCUCUUCCGAGAGCAGUCCCGAUCUGAUUGCAAACCUCUGCAACAUAGCUGACCAUCGCCUGUACAAGAUCGUCAAGUGGUGCAAGAGUUUGCCGCUUUUUAAGAAUAUUUCGAUCGACGACCAGAUCUGCCUACUGAUCAACUCCUGGUGUGAGCUGUUGCUGUUUUCAUGUUGCUACCGUUCAAUUUCAACACCGGGAGAGAUCAAGAUCUCCCUUGGGAAGUCGAUCACACUGGAACAGGUUAAGAAUAGUGGACUACAGACUUGCAUCGAAAGAAUGUUAAAUCUAACCGAUCAUCUGCGACGAUUGCGCGUCGACAAGUACGAGUACGUGGCGAUGAAAGUGAUUGUACUGCUGUCCUCGGACACUUCCGAGUUGAAAGAAUCGGAAAAGGUUCGGGCGAGCCAGGAGAAAGCCCUCCAAGCGCUGCAAGCCUACACGUUGGCCUACUAUCCGAAAUCGCCGGCCAAGUUUGGGGAGCUUUUGCUGCGGAUUCCAGAACUACAGCGAACAUGUCAGGUCGGAAAGGAAAUGCUCAACAUCAAAUCCAAGGACGACGAGGAACCCUCGUUCAACCUGCUGAUGGAGCUGCUCCGCGGGGAGCACUGAGAUAUAAUCAAACAUAGGAAAAAUAUGUCGUGCAUUUGUGCCUCAGAGAAGCGUGAAGCGAUUUUAAAAGACUCAUACCUUGAGAACACUCGAAAUAUGGUCGGUUGUACCUCCUGACCGAUCCCUGGCGGAGAUCGAGAGAGAUAGAGA